GUGACUGAAAAUAUAGCGCCCGGAGGAAGAAAGCGUUUAGCUGUUAGAGUUAUUUUAUGUCGAGCUCGUUUAAAGUGGUCGACUCUCAAUACUCUUCCUGGAUUAGCUGUCUAGUAGGGGAUGCUGGGUGUGUCAGAAAUGACGGGCAGCAAUAUGGCCAAUGCCCUGGCGAAUGCCGCAUGUGAGCGAUGUAAAAGCGGGUUUGCACCGGCGGAGAAGAUUGUCAACAGUAAUGGCGAGUUAUACCACGAGCAGUGCUUCGUGUGUGCCCAGUGCUUCCAGCAGUUUCCAGAGGGACUUUUCUACGAGUUUGAAGGCAGGAAGUACUGCGAGCAUGAUUUCCAAAUGUUGUUUGCGCCUUGCUGUCACCAGUGUGGCGAGUUCAUCAUUGGCCGUGUGAUUAAAGCCAUGAACAACAGCUGGCACCCUGACUGCUUCUGCUGCGACAUUUGUCAGGCAGUGUUAGCUGAUGUUGGAUUUGUCAAAAAUGCUGGCCGUCAUCUGUGUCGUCCAUGUCAUAAUCGGGAGAAGGCUCGUGGUCUUGGGAAGUACUUUUGUCAGAAGUGCCAUGCCAUCAUUGAUGAGCAGCCUCUCAUCUUCAAGAAUGACCCGUACCAUCCGGAUCACUUCAACUGCAGCAACUGCGGUAAGGAGUUGACUGCCGAUGCUCGGGAGCUGAAAGGAGAGCUCUACUGUCUCCCAUGCCAUGAUAAAAUGGGAGUGCCGAUCUGUGGAGCCUGCAGAAGGCCUAUCGAAGGCCGUGUGGUCAAUGCCAUGGGCAAGCAGUGGCAUGUUGAGCAUUUUGUGUGUGCUAAGUGUGAGAAGCCCUUCCUGGGUCAUCGCCAUUAUGAAAGAAAAGGGCUGGCAUACUGCGAGACUCACUACAACCAGCUUUUUGGUGACGUCUGCUACCACUGCAACCGCGUGAUCGAAGGAGAUGUUGUGUCGGCUCUGAACAAAGCCUGGUGUGUCAACUGCUUCUCCUGUUCUACCUGCAACACUAAACUCACAUUGAAGGACAAAUUUGUAGAGGUUGACCUGAAGCCGGUGUGUAAGCACUGCUACGACCGGCUGCCUGAGGAGCUGAAACGGCGCCUUGCCAAACGCGAACGCGAUACUCGUGAGAGGAAGAAGAAGACGGUUGCUGUCUGUCCGUAACUCCUGUCUCCUCUUUUUCUCCAUGCUCAUCCAUCUUUACUCUUUCCUUUUUUGUGGUCAGUGUCUUCAUCCAUUUCCAAUGGCUCAUGUCUUUAUUUUCCUGCAUAUUUUUAUAUGUGCGUUUCUUUGUGUUGUGGUUGUACAUGUUGUAACAUCCUGGUUUUGUGAUUUCAGUCAUUAUUUAACAGUUUUAUUUAGUUUCUUAGUUGGUGCACAAUUUUUCUGGAUUUUGACCACAAAUUCACACCGGACACUUUGCGUUCAACACACACUCUAGCAUCAUGAUAGUAAGCAUAAUUUGAUGAAGAAAACUAUGCCUAAAUGUACCACCGUGUCCCUUAAAUGUGUGGGAUGGGACCAGGCAAAGUUUGGCCAUCUAACAUUCCACUGAUAACAGAUGGUGUUGAUCGAAAGUUGUUAAAAUGGAAGCGCUAACUUCAUGUGAUGCUCCUCACACAUGCGUCAAAAAAAGCGCUACAGGAACGUGUCCGGUGUGAUUUGCCUGGAGAUUAUAGAGAAGUACCACAGAACUCAAGAAACUUCUGUGCCUUGCAUAAGUAUACACACACCUCAUCCCCACUUUAUUUGGCAUUUUCUUUUCCCCAUUUUAUUUACGCAAAAUGUCUAACAUUUGAAGGUAUUCUGUAUUGUUAAUUAAACAAAAACACACACAUUUGUUGGUCACAUAGGUAUUUACGCUCCUGGAUCAAUAGUGGUUUAUGUCUGUGUCAGCUUUCCAUAUCUGGAUCAUGAUAUUUUUUGCCUAUUCAUAGUGUCAAGCUUGGAUAAGCUCUGUCAGAUUGGUUGGAGAUCGUUGUUGAACAUCAAUUUCUAAGUCUUGCCAUUAAUUCUGAAUUGGAUUGAAGUCUGGGCUUUGGCUCGGCCAUUCUAAAGGGCCUUUCACGCUGAGCACGAUUAAGCGAAUGCGAAUGUAUGACACGAUGACGCUCUUCAAUCGAAAUAAUUGAUGUCUAUGGAGCUGUUCACACUGGGCGCGAUCAAUCGCGGUGCGACAAAGUAAGAUUUAUUUUAUUUUUUUUUUUAGACCAGUGUGUGUGGAUUUUUUUAUUUUCUUUUUUCCCCGUUGCCCCGCAAUGAAACGGUUCAUCCAAAUUAGAUCGGAGCUUUAGAUCACAUGCCCAGAGCCGCUGCUGUUGUACAAAAGGGCAAGAUAGAUGAUGCUAAAGCACAGAAAGCUGUUUUUAAAACCAGUGUAGACACAGAAAAAACGUAUUCCAGAAGAGAGAGGAGAAUGGAUGUUGAGUUCUUGUUGUUAUCAUUGGUGUCUGGGAACAAAGAACUUUUUGAUAAGUCACAGCGACUACAAAAACAUUGAUAGAAAUUAUUUUUUGUAUAAUUGUAAUCCCCUUUAUUCUUAUAAUUCUUAUUCUUAUUAUUCUUUCAUCUAUAUACAUAUAUACUUUUUUAGAUUUUAAAAAUGUAUUUUUUCACAAAUAAACGGGUUUUUUCCCACUACCAUGUUAUUCCAUUAUAUUUCGCAUUAUUUUAUUCAUGCUAAAACUGCUUGAUGGGGCUCUUCAAAAAACACUAAAAAAAAAAAAAAAAAACCGUUCCGCCUCCCUUUCGGGAGUAGUGGUUGAAUAGUGGGUUGUGCCACCUAGCGUGCAGGCAUAAAAUGCAUUCUCGGUCAGCGCCACGUAUCGUGCAGGCGUGAAUUAGCUGAAGGCGAUCAAUCGUUUCACGUUCGGUGUGAAAGCACGUUCAUCAUCGAUUCGCUUUAUCACGGCACACUCCGUGUGAAAGGGCCUGAACACAUUCCGGUUCUUGGUUUUGAAUCAAGUGUAGCUUUGGCCAUACGAGUUAAGAUAUUGUCCUGUAAGGAGAACCUGCACCCCUGUAACAAGUUUCUUGCAGGCAAGUCUAAGUUUUCUUUUAGGAUUAUUCAGUAAUUGGCUAAAGCCAUCAUGCUGUCAUGCCUGACAAGUUUCCCAGUAGUUGCUGAUAAAAUGCAUCCCCAAAAUAUGAUGCUUCCACCACCAUGCUUCACUGUGGGAUUAUUAUUCUCAAGGUUUCUGCUUAAUGUGCCGAGGUCAAAAAGUUCGAUUUUGGUCUCCUCAGACCAGAGAACCUUUUCCCGCAUGUUUGCUCAGUCUCCAGUAUGCAUUUUGUCAAAUUCCAAACAGGAUUCCAUAUGACUUCAUAUGAAAUUAUGAAAAAGUUGAGGGAGGGAAUACUUGCACAAAGCACUGUAGAUAAGUAUUUUAGUAGUGUGCUUUUAUUUAUAUUAUCUUAAACAAGCAAGUGUUGGAACAGACGUGUUGCUUUUUGU